UCCUGCAUUAAAAAUCAACGUGCACGUUUAGUUGGUUGCUAAACGUAUUUUAAAAUGUAUAAAAAGACGCACCAUCGUACAAAAAAUACAUUUAUUUCCUCUAGACAACGUAUUUAAUUCUUAAGUUUUUUAGGGAAACGUGAUAUUAACUAUCUUGUGAAAACAAUAAUAUAGUUUAAUUUUUUAGUUAACAUUUGUAUCAAGUAUAUGUUUGCCUACAACUGGGCGUCCCUACGUUUGGUUUUACUGUUUGUGUGGAGAUCGUUGUGCUGUGCUCCUUAAUUCGGUGAUGUAUAUUUUUGGUAAAAUUUAAUCAUGACUGAAGAUAAUAUGAAUGGGUGGACACAAGCAACCACGGAGAAGGGCAUGCCCUAUUAUGUCAAUCAUACAACAAAGCAGACAGAGUGGGAUCAUCCAAAAAUGCAACAAAUAAUGCAAUCUAUUGAGGGAUGUAAUGCAAUACGAUAUGCCUCUUAUAGAACAGCAGCGAAAAUGCAAAUUUUACACAGAGAACUAAAUAUGCAAUAUGUUCGAUUGGAGUUGAUAGCUGGUGUAUUUGAACGCCACAGAUUAUCAGCUACAGAAAAUUCUGUAACUUUGGAUUCAAGCGAAGUGGAGGAUGUUCUUUCUGAUAUUUAUUUUGCAGCAAGCAAAGAAGCUAAUACCAAUAUCAAUGUGGAUCUUGCAACGAAACUCGGUGUAAAUUAUAUUCUCAAAGUAUUUGACAGGAAACGUGAAGGCAAAGUUUUAGUUUUUGCAAUGAAAUUAGCCUUAACGUUGAUCAGCGCUAAUCGUUUACAAGAUAAAUAUGGAUACCUUUAUCAACAAUUAGCUGAUCACAAUGCAUGCUUAUCGCGAGCUGCGUUACAUACAUUGUUAACUAAUAUUUGCAAAGUCAUUGAUACACUCGGGGAGAGUUUGGCGUAUGGCAGUCAUGCGAUACAGUCAAGUGUUGACAGUUGUUUCAUUGAGUCGCAAGGUGGACUUGGAGUCAGUGAAACUCAAUUUGCAACAUGGCUCACUCAUGAGCCUCCUUUACUUGCAUGGAUGUCUACGUUAAAUCGAAUGCAAGCUGCAGAAUAUGUGACGCACAAUAUAAAAUGUUCAACGUGCAAAGUGACUCCUGUGCAAGGACCGCGUUAUUCCUGCUUACGAUGUGCCGGAUAUCAUCAAUGUCAAGCGUGCUUUUUGUUGGGUAAAAUUUCACGUAAGCACAAAAGUAAACAUCCGGUACGAGAAUAUUGUAUCAAGACAUCCAACAGAGAGAUAACAAAAUUAAUCGUGGAACUAAUAAGAAAUAAAUUGAGAUUAUGUCCUACCCGCGCGAUUCCUGUUAAUCUCGAAGACGCAUCACCAUUAGCAGAGAUUGACGACGAAGCCGGUUCAACAAGUGUCGGUUCCUUAAGAAGUACCGUCCGUCGAAAGGUACUUGAUGAUCCGCAAAAAGAGUUACAGAGCAUAAUUACUCAUCUCGAGGAAGAAAACAAACAGUUACAAUCUGAAUUAUUAGAGAUAUGUGGUACUAAAGCUCACAGAUUACAACGACACAGAUUAACCAUUGAGUCACAGCUUCAACGAUUAAAAUUACUAAAGAAAUAUCUGUUCGCUCAAACCACUGAAAUGCCAUCCCGUAUUAUGAAUCGAAUGGAAAGUACACCGAUGUUUCGUCCAGUCAACUCAAGAGUUACUCCAUUGCCCGUAGAAUUUGAAUUGAGUCCGAUUGUGAGACAAGGUACCAUAGAGAAUUCUAGAACGUUGGAGUCGAAAAUUGCAACUCAUAUAUAUUCAUUGGACAAAUUGCCAAAUAAUGGGAAAAUUUCUGACGUUAGCGAAAAUAUGCGAACGGACAUUCACGCACAAGCCGAUGGAACUUACACUAGUUCUAGGCUCAGCAACGUCUCCGAAUUUACUCGAAUUGAAUUGAGCACGUGGAUAGGAGGUGGCAAUAGGACUGGAUUGGGUCGUUUUGAUAGUGGAUUCUCACAGUGGUUAGCAUCUGGUAGCAGCAACAACAGGGAUGCCAAUGAUUAUUCAACAAAACCUGUAGCUACAAGUAGCUCUCACUCUGACUCUCCAACAACAUUGGCAACUGUUGUUUCACAUUCUCCUAAUGGUAUUUUGCGAGAAAAUACACCUUCUUCUCUUCAACGCCCUGAUAAGCAUUCACAACACAGCAGCCUUCAGAAUAUUCAAGGCGAUCUCAACGAUAUUCUUGAUAGAUUACAAAACAUGGUUGCCAAUGAUUGUUUACUUGAGGAAUCAUUCAGCGCAGAUGAUAAUUGCGAGCUGAAACGAGCUGCAACUGAAAUGGAGGAUCUAUUGACCGGAUUGAUUGAAGGUAUGGAAUCACGCAAAAGUAAACUCACCACUGUUGUGUGAAAAUUAGUUUAUAACGAUUUUCGUGCGCGAAAAAAUGAAAUUAUCAAUAUCGAUGAUUUAUAUUGAGAUUUUUUAAAUCUACUUGUGACGCGGUUUUUUUUAUAUUAAGAGGAUUAAUGAAAUAAUGCUUAUGGAACUUUGACGUAUAUAUAAUAUUAUAAUUAUGUAUAAUAAUUGCAUUAUUGUGAUUAAGACUGUCUUACACAUCGAAUGGAGUAC